AUGGAGCCUCUCUGGACCCCUCGGGAUCCGCAAUCGACUGCGAUGGAUCGCUUUCGACGGUCCGUCAACGAUCGUCAUUCACUCUCGCUUGAGACGUACGAACAGCUCCACGGAUGGUCGCUAGGCAUCUCCAAUUUCUGGCAGGACGUGUUUGACUUUACAGGCCUCAUCUGCUCCGUCCCUGCGACGAAAGUGUACGAAGAGGAUGUAGCUAUGCAAGAUAUACCCGCCUGGUUUGUCGGCAUGAAGCUCAAUUGGGCAGAGAACAUGCUGCGACACUGCGUCACGCUUGGCGACCGCGUCGCCGUGCAUGAGCUCACCGAGGCAGCUGAGCCGGCAGACCAUCUAGGCAAGCUCAAGCUGAAGUACGCUUCAAAGACGUAUAGACAGCUUUAUAGCGAUGUCGCCCAGCUCGCUCUGGCGCUCAGAGCUCGCAACAUCCAGGCCGGUGAGGCAGUAUGCUACUGUGGUCCGAAUUGCUACACCACACUCGUCGCUGUUCUCGCCACUGCUGCCAUCGGCGCGGUAUGGUCAAGCGUGGCCAGCGACUUUGGCGUAGACGCGGUCUACUCCAGGUUAGUACAAGUCAAACCCAAGGUGCUCUUCUCGGUCGAUGCGGUGCGCUACAAUGGCAAAUCUCAUUCACAAGCCGACAAGCUUGCACGAGUCAUCGAGAGGCUCCGCGAAGACGAUGCUUGUCCAGCGCAUCUCAUCAUCCAUGACUACUUACCGGAUGGAGAGAAAAUCAACUUUGGCGCGCACUUCCAAUCAGACGUACAGCAAUACCGCUAUGCCGAUUUUGUCGCAGGUCAUGGUUCGGCCAAGACGAUUGAAUUCUAUCAAGCCGAUUUUGACCACCCAUUAUGGAUCUUGUUCAGCUCAGGCACAACAGGGCUUCCCAAAGCCAUCGUCCAUAGGGCAGGGGGCAUGCUCGUCCAGUCAGCUCGCGAGCUGCUCAUACAGGGUGACAUGAAGCCAGACGACGUCUUCUUCUACUACUCGACUCCCGCCUGGAUGAUGAUCAAUUACCUGUGGGGCGGUCUCCUGGCAGGUGCGACGUUAGUACUCUUCGAUGGUUCACCUCUAUAUCAUACACAGCUGCUCUGGCAAAUGGCAGAGGAACUCAAGGUCACCAUCUUUGGCACGUCCGCCAAAUAUCUCGACGUCGUCUCGAAAACCUAUACGCCGAAAGAUCACCACGACUUGGGCAGCAUACGCCAGCUGCACUCGACCGGCUCACCGCUUUCUGCUGGCCUAUUCGAAUGGUCCUACACAGCGAUCUCGAGCGAUAUGUGUCUGGCAAGCAUAUCUGGGGGCACGGAUCUCUGCGGUCUUGCUGUCGGGCUCAACACUGCUCUGCCCGUCUAUGCAGGCGAGAUACAGUGUCGCAAUCUGGGCAUGGCGGUCGAGGUCUGGUCAGAGGGCGAACAGGCCGCCAUCGGUCAGGAGGGCGAGCUCAUCUUCACAAAGCCAUUCCCUUCGAUGCCGCUUCGCUUUCAAGGCGACCUAAAUUUCGAGCGCUACAGAGCAGCUUACUUCAGUCAAUACCCGAAUGUCUGGGCGCACGGCGAUUAUGUCGUCCUCACGCCCAGUCGAUCUGGCAACGGAGGUGGGCUGAUCAUGCUGGGCAGAUCAGAUGCCGUUCUCAACCCAGGCGGCGUGCGCUUCGGCUCGAGCGAGCUCUAUGAUGCCUUGCAGGGCAUUGUCGAGAUCGUCGACGCCCUCGCAAUUGGCCAGAAGAUUGACAACGGCAUGGACGAGCGCGUGCUUCUCUUUGUCGAGCUACGCCAGGGCACACAACUUACCGAUGCGCUACAGCGCACAGUCAAAACACAGAUCAGGCAGAAGCGUUCACCGCGACAUGUGCCUGCGCUACUUAUCCAGGUCGAGCCUGACAUGAUACCUUACACGACCAACUCUAAGAAGUCAGAGAUCCCGGUCAAAAAGAUCAUCAAUGGCGCUCCUCUAUCGUCCAUCAAUGCGAGCACGCUCCGCAAUCCUGCAUGCCUCGCAUACUAUAAGCAAGUUCGUGAGGAUUUAGUAGGCUGCCACUAG